UGUUUUCUUUCACCGAGGUUUUGUACACGCACUUUUGUUUGUUUUCCCAAUUUUUCUUCACUAAACAAGCUUUUUGCAUGUGGUGGCACAAUGGCAAAUCAAGAAAUUAGUUUAAAAUGGAAUGGAUAUCAGAGUAAUAUUUUAACUAACGUCAAAGAGUUAUUUAAGGACGAAAGUUUAUCGGAUGUAACACUUGUGUCUGAAGGGCAUAGUUUUAAGGCCCACAAAGUAAUUCUUUCAGCGAAUAGCACUGUUUUCAGAGGGAUAUUUCAGCAAAACCCCCACAAAGAUCCAAUUAUAGUGCUUCACGAUAUCAAUACGGAUUCUUUACGGACUCUUUUGAGGUUCAUGUACAACGGUGAAGUCAACGUGACUGAGGAGUUUUUACCUGUUCUAUUGAAGACUGCCGAAGCUUUGAGGAUAUGUGGACUAUCCAAUGGAAGUGACACUGGACGUGACGACGAGAAAACAGCUACAUCAACACAAAAUGUAUCCAAAAAGCGAAGGAAAAGUCAACAGGAGGAUAAUGACGACAAAAGUCACAAGAAACCGACUCCAUGUUUAUCAAAACUAGACACUGUGGUAGCAAUCACUAAUUCUGAUACUUCUAAAAACUCUAAUAUAGUGCCCAAAGUUGAACCCAUAGACUCACCAUUAACAGACUAUUCAGGAGAUAGCACCAAUGAUACAGACAUAGCAGUCCUAGAUGAUAGCUUAGAAAAAAAAUUUACAAUAAGCCCUGGGAAUGUACCAAAUCCUAACAAAACUGUAUGUACAGCUUUACUUACUGACCGUAAUGUAAAGAAAUGUAUUAAUGAAGUGAGCAGUACACAGCCAUGUUUAAAUGUUGUCAUUGAGCCGUGUAAAAAUGUGGAAUUGGAAGAGGAAAAAGAGAUAGAAAUUGAUAAAGAAGUUGAAAAUGUACUACAGAGUGGAACAAUUGUUGAGUCUUUGAGUAUAACAACAGGGAAUAUGAAUUUUGUGUCCAGUGAGGCUCCAAAUGUUAAAGACAAAAGCAGUACCUACUAUGCAAACCCAUCAUUCCCGUGCCCUUUCUGCCCUCGAGUGUACAACAGUUGGGGGUAUAGGAGAAGGCAUGUCAAAUCUAGACAUAUGACUAACAGGCUGUCGUGCAAAUGGUGCGUGUCAGUUCUGCCGUCGACCGGCGCGUGGUACUCGCACGCAACGCGCGCGCACGGCGUGCCGCAUGAGGAGGCACGUAACUCGCUCGUUGUGAUGGUGGAGGCGCACGCCGUGCUCACGCUCAACGAGCCCAGCGUUGCGCAGCUGCUGGGACAAGUGGGCAUCUCUGAUGGUAAUACUGCCGAGAACACCAACUAGGGUAUGUUUGUGUUCAUGCAAAUUAAAUGGAGUCUCGUGCGAUACUGACCAAGCCUAGUGUUGCAAAGUUGUGACAAGUUUUACAAGUCAAAGUCAUUUAUUCAAAUUGGGAACUAUUGUACACUUUGUGAUUGUUAAACAAUAGUGGUGAAAAAUAAUUACGUUAACUUAAAAGUAACGCUACGAGGGUUCCAAACGCGCCCAAGUAUAAGGCAUGAUUGUCGUCAAGCGCAAGUCUGUUCUGCAAAAAAAGUGAGCAUAUCUAUAGCAAUACUGUUAAGAAGACCAAUUUAGUAGGGCAUAUUUUAUUGGUACCAUACUUAGUAUACUCAUGACCAGAACCGUAACAAGCUCAUUGUGAUGGUGUAAGACAGACUUGGGUAUAAUAUUAUAUUGAUUCGAUAUUUGAAACUGCAUGCUGCCACUGAUCUUGUUACGGGGAAAGAUGGAACUCCUUCACGAUGGUACCAAGAAGACCAAUUUGGGUAUGUUUACCGUGAUACGAUACUUGAUAGUGAUACUACCUCGUGGUGAUGAGGCUCAUGUAGCAUUGACAAUGAAACCAGUGUUUUGCAGUUUGUGAAACAAGUACACAUAUUUAAAAGCAAUACAGCUGAAUAAAAAUAGAAAAUUGUCUUCAAAUUAGGUAUGUUUUUCGAUUUUUUUAAUGAAAUAUUAAUAUAAUUGAAAUAUUAUUAUUAUAUAUAAACCUAAAGAUAUUAUAAACAAAUUAAUUCUCAAUAUUUCUAAUAAAAUCUCAAAUAUAUCAAACUGCCAAUUUAUCAGAGCUUGUAACCAGCUAUUGCUACUAUAAAAUAUGAACUAAUACUUUUACCUAAAACUUUUCGAUUAUAAAAUAUUAUGUAUCGUUGAAAUGAUACAGAAAAUAUAUAAAAUGUCAUUUAUAUUUAUAUAUUAUGUAAAUUGCAGCCUCUAAAGAAAAUAUUUAGUAUACAAAAAAAUAAUUAGGUACAUCUAAGAUCCGAUUUCGGAAAAACAAAGAGUUGUUUUAUGCAUAGUAUUUCAAAAUUGUUAAGUUCAAUUUUUUUGCAUUGUUUUAGUUUUAUUCAGCCAUAAUAUGGGGCCAGUAACAUUAAUCUUAAAAAUGAUUGCAACAUGGCCAGUAACAUUAUUAUUUUUACUCAAUAAUUAUAAAGCCAUCCAUAAUAAUUUUUAUUGUAAUAAUAUUUUAUAAGCCCUAUUUAAAAAUUAUAAAUCAACUUAACAACAAGUCCAUGUCAGAAUAUAUUAACUAAAAUAUUAAUGGCCUAUAUUGUAUAAGAUAAUGAAUAAAAUUUAGUGAUAAGGCAAAUUGUUAUUUUUGUAUAUGUAUAAUCUAAUGAUCUCAACACAAUCAAGUCAAAUGUUUAGUCGAUUAAGAUCCAUAAUCAAAGUCGAAAAAAGUCGACAAACAAGUCAUCAAUUUAUUUUCUUCAAAUCAUCUAAAUAAAGCUAGUCUAUAAAACCACCAUUUAAAAAGUUACAUUCCUGUUUCUAAGAUGUCAUGAUGUUGUUUCUGUUUUACAGAAAUGUUCCACAUUUUUUUUUCGAAUUUAAAAAAGGACGAUUUUCAUCGAUUGCAUUAGCACAUUUCUUCACAUGCAAUUUGUAAAAUCAGCUAGCUUUUGCUGUAUCCCUACCUAUGAUAUAAUCUGUUUAAACCUGUUCAAGAAGCAGGUAGACAAAUAAAAAAAAAACAGGUGUUUAAGUUCUUUUACGGCCUUAUUCACAAACGUUACUAUGAGGUCUCACAGUGCGCUCGAACGCAUAGUGUAGGUUCCCCACCAAUCAGAUCAUUGUAAAUUGACGUGAUACAGUCAUCUGAUUGGUGGAACGGACACUGCGUUCGAGAGCACUGUGAGACCUCAUAGUAACGUUUGUGAAUACGGGUGUAAGUGUAGCAACAGCAGGCCCUAAUUCGCUCGCUAUUUAUUAAAAAAUAUACGCUCCGAAAUUAAAACUACCUCCUUUUUUGGAAUUCUGCUAAAAAAUUAAGAACCUAUUAGAUUGAGGGUAGUCCUCAGGCCCUUAAAGCUUCUCUACUUUUUAAUACAAACAAUAUUUUUGUGGACAAAAUAUGCAUCUAUAGCAGUCAUUUAGGUAAUAGAGUUAUCAAGUCAUGACUUCUUGUUUCUUAAUCUUUUAAAUCCUUACUCAAAUCUCUUAGCAAUCUAAACUAUCUGAUAUGACUGAAAUAUAGAGCUUAGGAUUAUAAUUAAGUAUAAGAAGAUAUUUUUAUACUGUAAUUUUAAAAAUUAAUAUUACUGGGCAAUAAGUUUAGGAUGUGAUUUCUAGAAAUAAAAAUAUAGGUUAAAUGUAUUUGGUCAGUAUGUAUAGGCGCCGAGGCCUAAACUUAUCAGAACUAUAAUAUUGAAAAGUUGCAGAUUCGGAAAAAGCAAUUUGCGUGUUAUAUUAUAUAACUUUUAUAUUUAUAAGGGUAUCAUCCAAAAAAAAUUAUAUACAAAUGUGUUGUGACGCAUAAUGUAUAUUAAGAAAAAGGAAAGUUUGUAUAAGAAAAAAAAAGAGUGUAUUUUGUAUAACUAUUUAUAAUAUAUUUGGAGUGGUUUUGGAACAAUUAUUUAUUAUAUAUACAUUCAGUUUAUCGAAACAUUUUAUUAAUAGCUUAUUAAAAUGUCAAAUUACUUAACACAAACAUUGUGUAUAAUAAUAAUAAUAGCAAAAUUAGUUACCUUUGCCACUUUUGCCGAUAAACAAAUCAAUCAAAGGCGAAACAGUCAAUAUUAUCCCUGUAUAUAAUAGUUACUUAUCAAUAUACCUAAUAUUAUUCUGAUCUGACCAUUGUCUAAGGAAUAAAACAGAACCUCUCUAUUUUCCGGCCCACUUAAGUGGAACGGAGCAAAGAUGUGCUUAGUAAACCAAUCAGAUGAUUGAUAGAUGACGUGUUAAUUUUUUCACGUCAUUUAUCAAUGAUCUGAUUGGUUGCCCGUCUCGCUUUGUAGGAUACCGAGUCUUAGGUUUCACCUAACCCUACAGUUACGAGGGUAUAAUUUUAUCCCUUACAGUUGGAAUAGGGAAUAGAUACAAUUUGUAGUAGGUACUGGCGCCAUUUUGAUUUGCAACUAAGAGAAGAUGUUGUUUUAUUGUAAUUACAUACUCAAUAGUCAGCUUACACAAAAGGUAUUUAGUUAUAAGAUAUAAAAAUAUGAAGAUUUAAAACUAUUUAUGAAGAAUUCUUAUGGAAUACAUAUCAAAUCGUACAAACAAGUAUUCAGAGCUUCACAAAUUGAUAAGGGUAUAUUUGUAUAUGUAAAAUUUUAAAUGAUAAUUUACUAUUGAAUUUGUGAUAGCAAUAAUUUCAGAAAUUAUAGUAUUUGGAAUGAAAUAAUAAAACUAUUCACAAUUCAUAAUAAUUUUGGUCCUCAAAUUGCCACUAACUUAAUAUUUCUAGAUAUAAGAGUAAAUAUUGUGAUAACAGAUUUUUUUUCCUAAGGUAAAGGUGCCUAAAUU